AGGUCUGACAGCAUCCAAGGAGCAGGAAAAUUGACGUUUUGGGCAUGAGCCCUUCUUCAGGAAUGAGGAAGGAAAUGGACGUGAAGACAUUUGAUUUGGAGGAUUUUAACUUGAGUGAUAUAUUUGAAGAUUAUACCAUUUCCUAUGAUUACGUUUUUGAUCCAGACAUGUCACCCUGUACUUCUGUCGUGAAUGAGUCAAUCAACACGAUUCUGGCUGUUAUCUAUAGCCUGGUAUGCUUCCUCGCUGUGACAGGGAAUAUAAUUGUAAUGAUUGUCCUACUUUAUAAUCGACGGACCAUAUCAUCCACAGACAUCUACCUGCUUCAUCUGGCAGUGGCUGACCUGCUCUUUGCCAUGACCUUGCCUUUUUGGAUUGCAGAUGCUGUAUCCGGCUGGGUGUUUGGUGAUGCCAUGUGUAAAAUUAUCAGCAUGUUACAGGAGGUUAACUUCUACAGUGGGAUUCUGUUUCUGGUUUGCAUUAGUAUCAAUCGUUAUUUGUCCAUUGUCUACGCUACACAGGCCCGCAAGCAAAAGAAACCUUUUCUAAUUAAGCUGAUUGUUGCCGCUGUUUGGUUAGUGUCUAUUGCUCUGUCUUUACCAGUUUUGUAUAAGGGCGAAUAUAUUCAUUCUGGUCGAGUCAUGUGUUAUGAGUUACUCGAAGGUGAAUCAGCUGAAACAUGGAGAAUAGCCACAAGGCUUUUGCAGCAUUUUGUUGGGUUUCUGAUCCCAUUGGCUGCCAUGAUUUUCUGUUACAGUGUAAUGAUCCUGAAACUGUGUCAAACAAAGGGAUUCCAGAAACAGAAAGCUAUGAAGAUCAUUAUUGCCGUGGUGCUGUCCUUUGUAAUUUGUUGGCUGCCGUACAAUAUAACUGUGCUCGUUGAUACACUGAUGAGAAGCAAACUCAUUACUGAAACUUGUGACCGGCGCAAUCAUAUUGACAGAGCUCUGUCUGCAACUCAAAGUUUGGGUAUCCUGCACAGUUGUAUUAAUCCAAUCUUAUAUGCAUUCAUCGGAGUGAAAUUCAGGAGGAACCUGUUGAAAGUCUUUGUCAAGAAAAGGAUCAUUAAGCAAACAAUUAUGCCAAAGUACAGGAGAUCUGUAUCUUCAAUCACUGAAUCUGGAUUAAUCUCAACUAGUAUGCACAUUGCUUCUGAUGAAAAUAUCAGGUCAGCCAGCAAGACAGCAGAUAAUAAACAUGAAAUAAAGUUUUAA